UCUUGAACCAACACCAAAAUCCAUUUUUAUUUUGUCAAGGGAUUGGGUAGUUUAUAGGGCUAAGAUCACAUAAUCAUGGGAUCCAUACAUGGGUUAGGCAAAUCAGCAAUAAAAAGCUACUGGAUAGGUGCGGCGAUUGUACUGAUUAUCAUUCUCACGGCACUCUUAAAAAAAUGGGCAGUUUAUUUAGACAAGCAAGCCGAAGCAAGAUCUUUGGCUAAAGCACAAGGCGAUGAGAAUCAGAAGAACAUUGGUUUAUGUUCAUUAUCUACUACUAAGGGUAUUCGUACUUUUGCACUUGAUGAAAUCAAAGCCACAACAAGGAAUUUUCGAAUACGGAUAGGUGUUGGUGCCACAUCUUAUGUUUAUCUCGCUGAUCUUGGUGAUGGUCGGUUUGGUGCAGUUAAGAGGGUGAUGGAAGAGAGAGGUGGUAGCCAGAAGAUGUUUCUUGAUGAAGUAUCUAUAUUGCUUAGGAUUUCUCACCCUAACUUGGUUGGGUUGUUGGGUUUUUGCUUAGACCAAGGUGAACAACUUCUUCUACUGGAAUAUAUACCAAACAAGAGCCUCUUUGAUCGGCUACACACCCGAAAAGGCAAAUCUUCAGGAUCUCUGUCAUGGUCAAGUCGUAUAAGCAUUGCACUAGACAUCGCCUACGCCCUAGACUACCUACACUCAGUCGCAGACCCUCCAGUCAUCCAUAGAGACGUCAAGUCGUCCAACAUUCUACUCAUCAACGACGAUCAUGCUAAACUUGCAGACUUUGGAUUAUGUAAGUUAGGGCAUGAUACACAAAGUGCCCAAACCCCAACAAUCAUACGGGGUUCUUUAGGCUAUGUUGAUACGAAUUACCUCAACACAGGUCUAGUAUCACCUAAGAGUGAUGUAUAUAGUUUUGGGGUGCUAUUGCUAGAGCUUAUAACUGGAAUGAAAUCACUACAAGGGUCAGUAACCCUAGCAGAGUGGACGAAUGAGUGUAGAAAACAUCAUGAUGUGGAUAUUUUGAUGGGUAUGUUGGAUCCGAAGCUAAAUGGUGAAGUGAAUGCAGAGCAACUUAGAGUUCUUGUCAACGUUGCGAAUAUGGCUUUGUUAGAGAACUCGAUGGCAAGACCGAAUAUGGCGGAAAUUGCAUAUAGAAUAUCAAGUUGUAUGGACAAUUCGCUGGAAAAGGAUUUGCCUGUAUGAUUCAUGCGAUGGGUUGAUAGUAUAUAUACCAUGUGAAUUUGAACCGUUAGGCAUACAUUUGUAGUCGCAUCCAACCCAUUUUGUAUAGAA